AUACCUCAACCUGAAGCCCAGAAGGAAACCACCAAAUGUCCCAUUCUAGAUAUUGUCCAUACUCCUCAUAGGUAUUAUAAGGCUGGUGAUCUCCUGAUUGGUGGAACUGCCUCUGUGAUGACUGUAUUUUUGGAUCAGUUUUCCUUCCUCAACUAUCCUGCUCAUUAUACAGACUUCCCCAUGGCAGUGACAAAAAAUUACCAGCCUGUUCUGGCCUUGGCAUUUGCUGUGAGUGAGAUUAAUGAAAACUCUCAGCUCUUACCCAAUUUGACAUUGGGAUUCCAUAUCUUUGACAACUACUUCAGUCGCAGGAGGAUAUAUCACAUUGCAAUGGAAUUUUUCUUCACACAACGUAGAUUUUUCCCCAACUACAAGUGUGGCACCCAGAAUCACCUGAUAGCAGUGAUUGGUGGAUUGGGCUCUGAAACAUCCUGCUCUUUAUCUGACAUCUUGAACAUCUACAAGCUACCACAGUUCAGCUACGGUGAUUUUGCCCCUGAGAUGAGGGAUAAGUCCAACCUCCUUUCUCUGUAUCAGAUGCUUCCGUAUGAUAUCUAUCAGUACGAGGGGAUUGCCCAGCUGCUUCUACAUUUCAAAUGGAUGUGGGUUGGUCUAAUGACCAUGGAUAGUGAAAGUGGAGAAUCUUUCCUGAGGAACAUAGAGGCAAUAUUUCAUCAUUACAGCAUAUGUCCUGCCUUUAUGGAAAAAAUAUUCCCAUUAACUUUUUUUGAUGAUGUAUUAAAUGUGGGAGCCAGGUGGAACAAAAUAUUCAGAGAUGUUAUGGAAAGCAAUGCACAUGUUAUUGUCAUCUAUGGAGAUACUGAGAUGAUGCUAACUUUCAAAGUGUUACUGCAUGAAGGAGAACCUGAGCACGAGAAGGGCUUUGGUAAAGUGUGGAUUUUGACCGUGCACUUGGAUUUAAUUGCAGUGUCCAUGCAUAGAGAUUGGGACAUAGAACCCUUCCAUGGUGCCUUAGCCUUCACAGCUCACUCAGAAAAAGUGCCAGGAUUCCAGAAAUUUUUCCAGAAUGCAAGGCCCUAUUCGGCCAAGGGUGAUGGCUUCAUCAGCACAUUCUGGGAACAAGCAUUUAGCUGUUCAUUUCUAAAUUCUAAUGAUAAUUGGGACAUUGAGAAAGCCUGCACCGGGGACGAGAGACUGGAGAGUCUUCCAGCACCAUACUUUGAAAUGAGCAUGACUGGCCACAGCUACAGUAUCUACAAUGCUGUGUAUGCUUUGGCUAAUGCCGCACAUUGCAAGUAUACAUCCAGAUCCAAAUCCAGAAUGAUGAUAUUGGAGAGUAUGCAUCCAUGGCAGCUGCAUCCUGUUCUGAGGAACCUCAAAUUUAAUAACAGUGCUGGAGAAACAGUGGUCUUGAAUGAGAAUGGAGAAUUUACAAUGGGGUUUGAUAUUACAAACCUGAUUACGUUCCCUAAUAACUCCUUCGUCAGAAUGAACAUUGGAAAGGUGAAUCCUUGGGGAUCUCCAGGCAAUGACUUCAUGAUUGAUGAGGAUGCCAUUGUAUGGCCCAGGAGCUUCAACCAGGUGGUGCCGCUUUCCCUCUGUAAUGACAACUGUCAUCCUGGCUAUCAGAAGAAAAAGAAGGAAGGGAAGCCAUUUUGUUGCUAUGAUUGUGCACCCUGUCCAAGUGGGAAGAUUUCUCAGCAAACCGAUAUGGAUUCUUGUACCAUGUGUCCAGAAGAUCACUAUCCAAACGAGGAACAGAAUAAAUGCAUUCCAAAGACUGUUACUUUCUUAACUUAUGAAGAACCUUUAGGAAGUAGUUUAGCCUUUGGUGCAGUUUCCUUUUCUUUAAUCACAGGCCUGGUGCUAGGAAUACUUGUGAAAUACCACAGCACUCCCAUAGUCAUAGCUAACAACCGACAUCUUACCUACAUUCUCCUCACUUCUCUCCUGUUCUGUUUUCUUUGUGCUUUGCUUUUCAUUGGCCGCCCUGCUAAGGUGACAUGUCUCCUCAGACAAGCUGCUUUUGUCAUGGUCUUCUCAGUGGCGUUGUCAUGUGUGUUGGCAAAAACCAUUACAGUGGUUCUGGCUUUCGUGGCCACUAGACCAGGAAACAGCAUGAGAAAAUGGUUGGGGAAAAGAGUUACCAACUCUGUUAUACUUCUUGGCUCCCUUAUUCAAGGAGGGAUUUGUAUCAUCUGGCUAGUGACCUUUCCACCAUUCCUGGACCGUGACAUGAAUUCAGUGGCUGAAGAAAUUAUACUGGAAUGUAAUGAUGGGUCUAGAAUAAUGUUUUAUUGUGCCCUGGGUUAUAUGAGCAUCCUUGCUAUUAUCAGCUUCUCUGUGGCUUUCCAAGCAAGAAAAUUGCCUGAUACUUUCAAUGAAGCCAAGAUGAUCACGUUCAGUAUGCUGGUGUUUUCGUGUGUUUGGUUAUCCUUUGUUCCAACCUAUCUAAGCACUACAGGAAAAUAUAUGGUAGCUGUGGAGAUCUUUUCUAUCUUAGUUUCCAGUGCUGGUCUGCUGGUUUGCAUCUUUUUCCCCAAAUGCUACAUUAUUUUGCUGAGACCACAACUGAACAUAAAAGAUCAGCUGAUAAAGAGAAAGAAAUAG